AUGUAUUGUCCUUUCAUUUCAGUGUGUGGAGACACUGCUGUUACAUGUGGGAGAACGAGAAGAACGGUGUCAAACAAAUGCUGCGUGUUCCCCUUUACAUACGAAGGAAAACAAUACGACACUUGUAUAUGGGGAGGUCCAUCAGCUUCCUAUUGGUGCGCCACCACGGACAACUUUGAUCGAGAUAAACAGUGGGAUAUCUGCAAAGGUAUCAUCUUGAGAAAAUUUAAUCGAAAAAAAAAGUAUCAAUGAAACGUUUUAACUUUGUCUCUACACAUUAAUGUAAACAGGAAAGUCAAGCUGAAUGAGGCUGAGUGAGAUCUGAUAGAUCGGAAAAUAAACACGCCCCUGUAGGAGAUCGAUAAAGACGGCGAGCUUUACUUAAAGUAGUAUAGAAGAUACCAAAUUAUCCUUUUUUCCGUAGGAAUCGUAUUAGUGAAGGCAGGAUUUAAUCAACGCUGAUAGUUUUUGUAACUAGAGUCAAUCGCAAUUGGUUUUUGAUGUUUAGCUAUGUUCACACCACACUGGAUAGACUAAAGUGUGAUGCCAGCACGAAAUCUAUAACGUGAACUGUCACGACACAAAACUGCCUAAAAUCGAUACAGUACGGAGUGUAGUACUUGCAUGAAUCGUCGCAUGGCAUUUUCUUUCUGGUACAAAAAUCGCACCGAGUAUUUCGAGAGAUGGCAUUUCGCGUAUCAUAAAAAAAGAAUCAGGUCUUGUUCUCGAGAACGCACUAAAUCUAUGGAACCUGUUUCUAUGAGAUGAGCCAGCCUGGUUAGCAGGGCUGGCCCACUUUACCGGGCUGUCUCGGCUCCUUUAAAAUUGUCAUUGUGUUUAUAUGAGAAGGCGGGUCAGCCUUUCCAUGUAAACACAACACAAAUUUUAUGAGGAAACAAUACAUGCUUUUAUCUAUUCAUACGUCUUCAUAGCAAUUUUUAGCCAUCUUAAUUCUUAUAUAGUGAAAUUUACAGUUGUACAUUUUAGUUUUUAUGUUAAAUCUAGUUGUUGUAUAUAUAUAAUAUAUUUUUAAUUCUCUAGAUUAUACGACAAUUUCAUGUUAACACGUACGUAUUUGGAACGAGCUUUUUAGCUCACUAGACGUUACGUGGAUAAAUAAACGAUUGAUUGAUUGAUUGAUUGAUGAUCCAAGCCAGCCCUAGCACGGCGGGUUGGCUUACCUCACAUAAACAGGCCCAUAGUCUCAGCGUGACCGUGCAGUAGCAGAGUAUCCGCGCGCCCACUUGUUGUAGCGUCUACAGCGAAGGCUAAUUAAAAGUAAAAGCAAACCAAAGUAUACAGACCUGAAAAAACCUGUGUAUAACCAUAUCUUACACUAGAAUAAGAUAAACUAGUCUCUGGUGUCUUUCACAGGCGUGAAGUGCUACAUAUGCACUAGCGAUGUUUCAUGGUCGCACUGCGAGUCUUACCAGCAAGCACACACGUGCCCGCACAUAUACGACGAAUGUCUAAAACUGAGCAAGGAGGAAGAAAACACUUACUCCAGUAAACUGUUCCGUAAAAGAUGUACUUCAAACAAGCUAUGUACAGCAUAUAAUCCAACAUGUGAAGGCCCGGAUGUUGUGAAAUGCGACUUUAGCUGCUGUAUGGGAGACCUGUGCAACUCGGCUUCU